AGUGUGGCGGAAGUGAGAGUCAUUUCCUGGGCUGAGGGUGAGUCUGGGUUGAAUGGGGGUUUACAGUGUCUGGGAUUCGUACAUUGGUCUGAGUGACGGUCGGAGAGAGUCCAGCUGCAAAUUACAGAGAGAGGCCAAGGACAGGGACAAUGAAGUUUGAGGUGACUCUGAUGCUCCUGGCUGUGUUGCUGAGCACGCUCUGCUUCAGCUCGUGUGGGACUGAGAGCAAAAAGAAACUACAGAUCGGGAUCAAGAAACGUGUGGAUAAUUGUCCAAUUAAAUCCCGCAAAACGGACACGCUUCAUAUGCACUAUACGGGAAAGUUGGAGGAUGGGAGUGAGUUUGACAGCAGCAUCCCCCGUGGACAACCCUUCACCUUCACCCUGGGGACUGGCCAAGUCAUCAAAGGCUGGGACCAGGGUCUGUUAGGGAUGUGCGAAGGAGAGAAAAGAAAACUGGUGAUUCCAUCAGAGCUGGGUUACGGUGAGAGAGGGGCCCCCCCAAAAAUACCAGGUGGAGCGACCCUGAUCUUCGAGGUGGAGUUGUUGAAGAUCGAGAGGAGGAGUGACCUAUAGGAGGUUGACGAGGAGCUAUUCAGCUGUGUGAGGGUGGGCAGGGGGGGGCUGGAGAGACUCGAGUCACUGACCCCCCCCCCGCCCCCUGAAAUAAACACAUCUCUUCUCACC